CUCCUCUUCCCGCGGGCGACUCGGGCGGCGACUCGGCGGGUUGAAGCAGAGCCAGCCGGCUCCUUUCUUUUGAUUGUUGGAUCCGUGGGCGGCGUGUUCUCUGACCCUUUCAAGGUCUCGCCAUCAUGCCGGCUUACCACUCAUCGCAUAACCAACGCCAAGGCGUCAAGCUUGUGGGUGGCGUGGCCCUCUUACCUUUCCAUGCGCAUCAUACCCGAGGCCCGGCUCCUCGACCAGGCCCAGAGGAUGAGGUAGACAUUAUCGAUGAAACUCUCAAAUUCUUCAAGGCCAACGUUUUCUUUCAGAGUUAUGAAGUCAGGGGUCCAGCAGAUCUUCUGCUGAUCUACCUCACUUUGUACACGCACCAAUGCAUCAUGCGCGUUGCCAAGACUACAUCCAAAGACGGCGCACAGCGUGCUCUGUUCCAGCUCGCUCAAGAGAACUUUUCGCUACCCUGCGAUUCGGGCUUUCAGUUGAGCUCUUACUACCAACCUCUCUCGAGCAAAUCGGACGGCGAUGAAUUGCGCGCCUAUCUGAAGCAAUGUCGCGAGGAAUUGGGCAACCGCCUUGCAGAGCGCUGCUGUGAUGCUUCAGAUAAGCCCUCCAAGUGGUGGGUUUGCUUUGCCAAACGCAAAUUUUUGGGCAAGUCGCUUGAGGGACCUGGCUCGCGCUAAGCGCGCUGCCACUCAAGCGUCAAUGACACGUAGUAUUGUUUUUCGGUUCAUCCCAUUCGGGUAGAUGGUUGUUUCCUUGUUUUCUCCUUGGCCCCAGGUCUACCAUGGCUAUGCAUCGGAAGGAUGGCGUGUCAAAAGUUGUCAUGAUGUUGUUCACGGCUACUUCAGUGCCGCUUCCCACUCCCCCGUCCUGUGAAUGUUUGUUUGGUCAAGUGUUUUGUCUUCGGGGCUUUUUUCACCCUCUCUUCUCUGCUUUGCCCUUUCCUUCCUGAUAAUAAAUUCAAAGUGCGCUUUG